AAUCUUUUAUACAGUAAUCAUCUGAAGUGUUUAUCAGUUCCCUGUGACAUCGACGCUAUGACAAAUUCAACGGAAACAGGAAUAACCGGAAUGCAAGUAGCAGAGUAUACUUUAUUCACCAUCAUAUUUAUGAUUGCUGUCACCGGAAACACGCUCGUCUGCUUGGUGAUUUUUCAAACUCCGCGCAUGCGUACCACACGUAACUACCUUCUGGUGAAUCUAGCGGUGUCCGAUCUCAUGGUAGCACUGUUUUGUAUCCCCUUCGAUGUGGUACUGAAAGUGACGCAGCCUGUCUGGCCUCUUGGCUCUGCUAUGUGCAAAGUGUUAUGGCCUGCCAUGACUCUCUUUACAAAUUGCUCCGCUGCAACACUUGCUGGCAUUAGCUAUGACAGGUGAGUGUUAAAGUACUCUUGGCAAUUCGCAGACGUUCUCAGGGCUUCAUACCCUGGAGGGGACACGUAGCGAAGCCCUCGCCUUCGUAGUAGGCUAACACACUCCACAUCAGUCUUUAUCACAGAGCCUAAAUUUCUCUUAUUUAGCGGAACAGAAAGGAAGAGCUCCUCUAUAAGCGCGCGUUUAUCAACGACCAGAUUCUAGGACUUAGCGUACCUUUGUUCUCUCACGGCGCUUUAAAUAUCCUAAUGAAGAGAGAGGCGGAGGGGAAAUGAGCGCACCGUAGGCCUCAGGUUUGUCAGUCAAAUGACAACUGUUACGAGUUACCGACGUAAAAUAAGGACCUUAAACCUUUUUUUUUUUUUUACCUUGAUGUGCAGUUAAGCCGGAAGUUCGAAGAUUCGGAACGCUUUGUCCCAGAGACCCUUUGGUCAUCAUCAUCAUCAUCACCAUCAUCAUCGUCAACAUCGUCAACAUCGUCAUCUACAUCAUCAUCAUCAUCAUCAUCAUCAUCAUAAUCAUUGUCACUUGCGUAUGCGAACCAGCAGGCACAUAAGGCCGCGAGUUCAGGCCCCGCCCACACCGCUAGCCGAAUUUGGCUCUUGGUAGCCCCGAGUUUCAAACCUUUACUUGACAAUACUUGUAAACAGCGAGCUUCUUUGUCUCAGGCCAGUUGACAUUGUCAGCAUUGAUAUGUUUAUUGGAUGUAUUUGUUUCACAUAUUUUCUCAGUCUCAUGGGCAUUUGUGCUAUAGACAUUUCCUAGCGUAAAUCAAGUUGGUUUUAACAUUAAUUCACUGAGAAGAUCCUUGUUUGUUUUUACUAAUUAGGUACCGCGCUGUAAUUCACCCGUGGAAGCCGCGCUUCACCACAGUUCAAACUGCUGUAAUCAUAAGCACGACAUGGCUCUUGUCCCUGAUUCUCGUUCUUCCAUAUAUCCUCGCGCUGAAGAUGAAAGAUGGCUCCUGCGUAGAAGACUGGCCUGUGCCAUUUGCCGUUAAACUGUACACCAUGGGCCUGUUUAUCUUUCAGUACGCUCUUCCGCUGGUGAUCAUCGGCUUGGCGUACACGAUGGUCGCUCUAAAGCUACGCGAGCAGGCUUCUCGCAUAGCGAAAAACCGAAAGAUAAGUGGCAUCUCCGACAGUGCUUACAGUAAAGCUAAGAAUUCCUUCAACAAGUACAGCGAGGCUGCGCAAACUGAUGAGAGUGAGCUACCGUCAAAUGAACACACGGCCGUUUACACUCAAAAUCCAACCGCGAUCAAACGCCUAGACAACUCCCAGAAAGAACACACUUCCAGCGCCCGACAAGAGGAGAAACGCCUCCACCGCAACACUAAGAUUGUACAANAUCAUCAUCAUCAUCAUCAUCAUCAUCAUAAUCAUUGUCACUUGCGUAUGCGAACCAGCAGGCACAUAAGGCCGCGAGUUCAGGCCCCGCCCACACCGCUAGCCGAAUUUGGCUCUUGGUAGCCCCGAGUUUCAAACCUUUACUUGACAAUACUUGUAAACAGCGAGCUUCUUUGUCUCAGGCCAGUUGACAUUGUCAGCAUUGAUAUGUUUAUUGGAUGUAUUUGUUUCACAUAUUUUCUCAGUCUCAUGGGCAUUUGUGCUAUAGACAUUUCCUAGCGUAAAUCAAGUUGGUUUUAACAUUAAUUCACUGAGAAGAUCCUUGUUUGUUUUUACUAAUAAGGUACCGCGCUGUAAUUCACCCGUGGAAGCCGCGCUUCACCACAGUUCAAACUGCUGUAAUCAUAAGCACGACAUGGCUCUUGUCCCUGAUUCUCGUUCUUCCAUAUAUCCUCGCGCUGAAGAUGAAAGAUGACUCCUGCGUAGAAGACUGGCCUGUGCCAUUUGCCGUUAAACUGUACACCAUGGGCCUGUUUAUCUUUCAGUACGCUCUUUCGCUGGUGAUCAUCGGCUUGGCGUACACGAUGGUCGCUCUAAAGCUACGCGAGCAGGCUUCUCGCAUAGCGAAAAACCGAAAGAUAAGUGGCAUCUCCGACAGUGCUUACAGUAAAGCUAAGAAUUCCUUCAACAAGUACAGCGAGGCUGCGCAAACUGAUGAGAGUGAGCUACCGUCAAAUGAACACACGGCCGUUUACACUCAAAAUCCAACCGCGAUCAAACGCCUAGACAACUCCCAGAAAGAACACACUUCCAGCGCCCGACAAGAGGAGAAACGCCUCCACCGCAACACUAAGAUUGUACAAAUGUUGGUGGCCGUUGUCUUAUCUUACGCCAUCUGCCUUCUACCCAACCAAGUGGUGUGGUUAUGGUACGAGUUUGGUUCAGGUUCGAAGUGGGUUCAUUUGAACACAUUUCUUACUUUUGGAAGUAUUAUGGUUUAUGUCAAUAGCUGUGUGAACCCGCUUCUGUACGCCGGUAUGAAUGAUGAAUUUAGGAAGGGUUUUGUUAAAAUUCUAAAGUGCCGAAGCAAGAUUUUUCGUCCCUACAUUCCAUAG